AUGAAAUUGUUAUUAGCAACGGGAUCAAAAACCUUAUUUCUGUUGAGCCUGUUGGCAAUUUUCUUUGUCCCCCGGGAAAAUGAGGCUCAGGCCACCUUAGGCGAAAAAUGGACCAAGCUGGGAAAAUGCACUCAAGUGGUCAUCGAAAUACUGUCCAUUGAAAUGGUCCCGACUGUCUACGAAAUGAAUGAAAGUAUGAUGAAUGAAUGUUCCGGACUUGUGUCCUUAGAACCGAAAAACGGAAAAGUAAGAGAGAUUACCUGGUACUUAAAGGUCACCUACGAAUUCUUCAAGAAAUUAGUGUUUGAUGAGCCGAAGUGUCUGCACAAUCUUUUCAGCAAGAUAGCUAAAACAAUCAAACCAUAUGCACAGCAAAUAUAGGCACUGGGUUGUUUGGGCGACAAUGCUUUAAUUAUUUAA